AUGAAUAUGACAUUCUACGCAAAUGAGCAAGUAUCCUGGAGGGCGACAGGGGUUCCAACGGCGUUUUCCCUCCCCAGUGCCAGCGAGCUAAGCGUUGCGGAAAGCUCGAUCGCGGUCAAGAGCCGGAUGGAAAGGAAACGGAUUCAGAACCGAAUGGCUCAAAGGACCUAUCGCCAGCGCGUCAAAGCUCGUCUAGCAGAGCUCCAGGCAAGAGUCGAAGACGAUCAACAAAAUCGAGUGCAGCAGACUGACGACAACGACUCAUUGAUGGCCAGUACAUAUUGCACAGUGACAGCUGAGUCGUGCCAAAAAUCGCCAAUAUUACUUCCAACACCGACCAGAUGUGCUGCUUUGGGUGGGGUGCUGCAAGAGAGCUCAUACCAGGAACAGAGUCCGACAUUACAAGUACACCAUUCACAGAACGAACGGGAGACAGGCGAUGCUCCAAUAGGGGAAGUAAAGCGCAUUCUAGAUGAGAUCGGUUCCCCCCAACACCAAUUGGAUGAAACCAUCUGGCAAGAUAAUGCAAACUUUCACGCGAAUAGCUCGGUUGGCCUUAACACAAACCUGGGACUAGCUGAGCAACCCGACAGUGAUGCUGUGUUCAUGACAGAAAGCCGAGUUAGCAGGGAACAGCUUUUGAACACCUUGGGUGACGCCUGGAAACCAAAGCCCCCCUGUCAGCCGAUGAGAACAAUCCCGUUGGUGGAAGCCUCAUCCAAUUCUACCCACACCUCAGACUCAUCAUAUAGUCCCCCUGACUCGGUGGUGUCAGCAAAACAAAUCUCGCUAAACGACCGUCUUGAAUGUGUGAUGGAACGUGUCAUUGAUAGUGGUUUCGAAAACUUUGACGUGCUGGUCACGGCCUAUUACAAUGGGAUCUUUGCAGAAUCAUCGCCGCUGGCAUACGAACAACGUCUAAGUCGCACUAGACGGCUGCCCAAAGUCAUCGCGGAUGUAUGUCAUGCCGCAGACCAAUGGGACUCAUGGGAGCGACGAGGGUUACAGGAAGAAAUCGUAAAGACCACAGAGAACUUCUUAUCUUCGGAGGGCGAUGACGCACAAAGAAAUCUCACUGAAUGCAUUAUGUCCUUUGUCCGGGCGCAGGUGCAGGAUACGACGAACAAGACAUGUAGCCCCAAUCCUAUAAAACGGAUCAUGGAGAAUGAGCUUCCAACCCGGUGGGCUCUGAUGAUGGGGCUCGCCGCCGAAAAUAGGGCAGCCUGGCAACGAGAUCGAUCAGACAUAGCACUUGCAGCCAUUGUCCUGUUGCAUUUCGCCGGUCGCAUACCAAAAGAACAGCUGCUUCGGCUUCUCAACACACUCUUGUGA